AUGGGCUUUUGGCCAUUCGGUGCAGGCAAAAAAGGCCGAACGACUCAAGGCGAAGAUCAAGGACAACACUCACUGUUGGAGAAAACACGGACAGAUCCUCGCACCAGAACAAAUACAAGCUCGUCUCAAGACUUUGUACCCAUGGGCAGCCAACGUGGACGAGACGAGAAGCCUCGAAGGCUUUCGAAACAGCGGCUUCCUUCUCAUCCCGGAAGUGUCCCCCGUGCCUCCACGUUACCCAUCAGCGUGCCCGGACCUGAGUCACUCGGCUACAAGAAGAGUUCCUACGGGGGAGGUGGCGGCUUUCAGAGUACUGAUAUUUAUUCGCACAAUCCGAUGUCACAAACAAGCAUCGGCCCCGAAGAGUUCACGGCACUGCCGCAGGCUCCCACGCUGCUAGCUAAGCGUCCAGGCUACGACCCGACACUUCAUCGGAGAAAGUCGAGCAAAAGAAAGGCCGAGGACUAUGCUCGUGAGAGGGAGGUGCGUGCCAUGAGCUCGCCAAUCCAAGUUCUGAAGCGGCCCACCACGUACUCCGGAUCUGGACUGCUUCGCCGGGACACCAAACAGAUUCCGGGUGAUCUCAAUAGGAGACUGCAACGACCGACGUCAGAAGUGUCUCUGCCGUUGCCGGAAACAAUACAAGAGUCCGAGGAUCUUUCCAAUCAAGCUUCCUUCAAGAUUGGGAUCCUAGCAGCGUUGAGUCCCAGGCCCACGCUUACUUACGUGGCAAGCCCUCGACCUUCAGCCGGAAAGCAACCUGCAAGAGUGAAACCUUCAAUCCAGCAGGCCAUAGAAGAGGAGGACCCUGCGUCGAGAAAAAGGAUAAAUGAAUUAGCAGACGAGCUUGAUGCCGGAGGAUUGAGAGAGUUGAUGGACAGAGAUCGAAGACGUAAGGAAAAGAAAAAGGAGGCCGACCGUGCUCGAUUAGAGAGAAAGCUUCAACGCAAGGCCGAUAGGCAGCGCGAGGAGGACAUGCGGGGACGUCGACCUAAUGAUACCUCUGGUGACUUGACUGUCCCAGGGGAUGAGGCUGCAAGAAGAGGUCGUGCGCUGUUCGGCAACGUUGGAGAAACAUCGCACACUGCUGUUGCACGGGGGCCUCCAAGUCCUGCAAGCCAACCGGCUAAUCCAUUUGCUGAUCCAGGAAGCUCACAAGCUAGGCCGGUUCAACACAUUAGAAACCCAUUUGAAGAUGAGAAAGACAUUGAUCUCACGCAAGAAUCAUUCCUGCAUGAGGGAGAAGGAGAAGAACCGCCGGUACCGGUCAGGUCGCCUCUCCGAACGGUUCCCGCUGCUCAAGCCCGGCCAGAGGAGAAAUCAUCUCUGGCAACCACGAUCUCCCCUCCCAUUUCUCCGGCACAAGGGCCCGUUGACCGCCAGAGCUUCUCUCAAACCAGCGGGCUUGCUCGUGAAAUCACUCCAGACAUUCCAGAAUAUGGAUCGCUUGAUCGACGCGCUUCGGACCAGAGCAACCGACAGCUCAGUUCUUGGACCAGCUUUUUCAGGCGUGGUGGGAGACGGAAAGCCAGUACUGUUGAACGUGGUCGAAGCACGCCGUCUGAGUUCUCGAACACGUCACGAGAAUCGUUUGCUCGAAAGCAACAACCACCACCGGUGAUGGUUCCCCGAAGCUUUCGAAGGUCCGACUCCUCUUCGGUUCCGCAAAGAACUAUGUCUAAAUUCCGCGAGGAUCUGCCUGAACUUCCUAUUUCUCCUCCAGAUUCUCGCGUUCAAUCUCCUGAAGUGAUGGCCAGCCCACAAGCUGGUCAGGCAUCCCGGCAACCGCGGCACUCACUGUCGGGGACUUUGGACAAUCGAAGUCUUGCCACGAGCUCGAGUAAUGCAGCGUUGGAUCGAGGGGCGGCUGAAGGCCGCCAACCUCAAGGUAUUGACAUUGAAAUGGGUGGUACCACCUCAGGACAUGCUGUGUCCCAGUCCUUGGCGUCAGUUGACUCGGAAGGAUCUUGGCUGUCAGGUAAGCCUCCAAAGAGGCUCUCAGGUGGUAUGGGACACCCGCUUCGGCAAAGCCAGUCCUCAAUUCCGCCCCAGUCCAUUCCUGGCUCUUUCGAACCAGAGGACGACGACCUCGCAAACGACGAAUAUCUCAACAAGUUGUCCCCGGGCCCAAGUGGGCGGCGAGAUUCGGUCGCUUCAGCGGGCCGCAGAGCGAGUAGCAACGUCAUCGACCUCGAGCGGGAACGCCAGCAAAGCCCCGUUCCCGACCUUCCUCCCAUUUCCGCCGCUCAAGGUGCAGAUGAGAGAUGGCAUGCUGGAGUAGCACGACAAGCCACCGUGGUCCGGCAACCCAAUCGAGCGAGGUCGAAGGAAGGGCUGUUGAAAGAGACGGGCAAGGAUGACUUGAGCGCAUCUCGAAGAGCUAGCUCGGACGUGGAGGAAGAGGGCGAACCUGCCGGAACGGAACUACAAGAACAAGAACCCACGCUCCUACGCGCCAGAAGUGUGGACUAUAAAGGCCAUGCGAAGCAUAUCAGUGCCGGGAGCGCCCGACUGCUCGACAUUCGGCGAUCUUCAACCCAAUCAGAAAGUGCACCGCGAAGUGCCAGCCUUUCGCAGACUGUACCACCAGCCCAGCAGGAACAGCCCACAUUACCAUCGAAAGAGUGA